AUGGACAGGUUAUACAGGGAGGUUAGCGAGGAGUUUCUGGCAGGCCUUAAGAGGUAUCUGAACGACGAAAUAUCGUAUUCCGAACUUGAGAGGCUUUCUUUAAGGGAGACCCUUGCAUUCAACGCCCACAAAUGGAACGAUGUGAUUGAGGAAAAGUCGUCUGAGGCCCUUGGAAUGAAAAGGAGGAUGUACGAUGGAAUCUUAUGGAUUGAGGAGCGGAUCAAAACAAUGGAGAAGUUGGAAAAUGGAGAGGAGUUUGAUGUGGACCUUGGAGGGCUAGUGUCGCACUCUGGAAUUGUGGGGCAGAACAGAUUGUACCCGCCUGGGUAUGAAAGCACCAGCUUGUAUCUUCCUCCGUUUCCUUCAUUGCCCAUGGUGAAUUUCCUGAACGACUCCAGCUCGGAAAGCAGCCAAGAAGACUAG